CCGUGAACGCCUCUGUGGGAGAGAUAUCACCUGAAAAUUUAUUUACGCAGCAGCCAUGGCUCCGAAAGCAGAAGAAAUCGUGGACAUUCCCUUCACAAAGCAGAUGCGGAAGGCCACGAGAGAUGUGCAUGGUAUCAGUGACGCCCUCAUUAACGCCAAGCUCGGCAUCGCUCUCUCCGACAACGGCGUGUGGGCCGAGGGCCUGCUGGUCUUCUACGACGUGUUCGCGUGGCUGGAAGGCGCGCUGGACCGGCUCGGCGCCUCACUAGUCGGCGAGCUGGACAUCGAGGGCAUGCGGCGGCGCGACGCCUUCGAGGCCGACCUGACCUUCUACCUUGGCGCCGACUGGCAGGGGACGCACGUGCCGCGUCCGGCCGUGCGCCGCUACCUGGAGCACCUGGAGCAGCUGGAGCGCGAAGAGCCACACCUGCUCAUGGCGUACGUGUACCACCUGUACAUGGGCCUGCUGUCUGGCGGGCAGGUGCUGCGCCGCAAGCGGCAGCUGGUCGGCCGCCUGCUCGGACGCGGCGAGAGUGACGAGGCCGGUAACGCCGUGACCUACUACGGCCAGCACAAGAUCGGCCACCUCAAGCGCCAGCUGGCCGCCGCCAUGGAUCACGCCGCCCAGCUGCUGGAUGACGUCACGCGGGAACGGGUGGUCGAGGAGAGCAAACAGGUGUUCCUGAGGAAUAACGAGAUUGUGGCCACGGUGCGAGGCGCCAAUGAGGUGUUGCUGAGAAAGCUCAGGAACGCUGUUAUCGUAGUUGUGAUCAUUGUGCUGCUGUAUUGGAUGCUGUUCAGGUAGACGCCCGUGCUUGGGAACGUCGGCUGGCCUUGUGUGAGCACUGUGAUGACUGAGCGAGAAUGCUCAAAUGCAGGGGAAUUUUGUAGUCUCCAGUUUAGCUUUCCAGCCGCUCGUGUAUACGAAAGCAGCUUUCCCGCUCAAGUCAGGGCAGCGGCCUACGUGAUCGCUGGCAUAAUCCGACCCGACGCCGGGCUGCUGGCUGGCCGAGACCCGACACCUGCCAGCCGCUGAAGCCGAGCGGCACACACGCAGCCGCGCGAGCGGCUUCAGACCUGUCCGUGCCAUAGGACAUGCGAUUGGUGCGCCGCAGGCAACCGCAGCAUCCAGUACCAACAUGGAGAAGAGACGUAGGGAAAGCCGCGAGGAGGCAUUCAUUUAAAGAUCGCUGGGCAGACGACGGCAUGUACUGCUUUCGGGAUUUUCCUUAUGCACCGUGGCGCAUGGGACGACCCUUGCGGCCACCCGCCGUUGCAUUGAGGGGUCACUGUCCGAAUUAUGUGUAUCGGUUGUGACGUACUCAAGUCCUGUAUUACGUGUACGCCUUGCUAGAGACAGUUGUAUGUCAAAUAAACGGACUGAACGGUGGGAGAUUGUUGGAAAACUG